UAGUGGGGCGCUUAGGUAGAGCCCUUCUAAACACCUUCCUUCAGCAUCUUUUUCCACAGCCGCCUUUCCGCGACGUGGAGUGUCACUCAGUCAGUGUGCGUGGGGCCGUGUAUAGUGGAGCAGCUCAGAUCCAACACCCCCCUCCCCCCAGCUCCCUCCUCCUCUUCCAAGCUUGGGACUUAUCUUAAUAUGGGAUACGGCUAAGUGGACGCGGGGGUCUCGCUGAUCUACCUCCGCUGAACAGCCAGCCGGCGGUCCCGACGUUUGCCCCGACUGCUCUUGACAGUGAAGAUGUCUCGUUUGGAGAGAGAGACUGCCACAGCAGCCCCGGAAGGGUUGCCCAAGGUCCCCGUGCCCCCGCUCAAGCAAACCCUGGACACCUACCUGAAGUGCGUGCGACACCUGGUGAAGGACGAGCAGUUCCACAAAACCAAGGCCAUCGUGGAGAAAUUCGGAGCGCCCGGCGGCAUUGGCGAGGUUCUGCAGAAGACGCUCCUGGACAGGAGGGACAAGAUGGAAAACUGGGUGUACGACUACUGGCUGGAGGACAUGUACCUGAGCAACAGGUUGGCCCUACCGGUCAACUCCAGUCCCGCCAUGGUGUUUCCUAAGCAGACAUUUAAAGAUCGUAAGGACGCCCUCAGAUACGCUGCUCGUCUCAUCAGAGGUGUGCUAGAGUACAAGGCCCUCAUUGAUGCGCGAGCGCUCCCGGUGGAGUUCGCCCGAGGCCAGCUGGCUGGGACCCCUUUGUGCAUGGAGCAAUACUCCCGCCUGUUUACCUCAUACCGCUACCCGAGCCUGAAGACAGACACGCUUAAGGUCCGCGUGAACGCAGCCUCCGCGGCAUCGGAGCACAUCAUCGUGGCGUGCAAAAAGCAGUUUUUCGCGUUGGAUGUAGUCGCCAACAGCAAGCCGCUCAGUGAAACAGAGAUCUUAUCCCAACUUGAGAAAAUCGUGUUAAUGGCAGGAAACGCUGAAGAGAGAUCUCCUCCUUUUGGUAUCCUGACAUCUGAUGGGCGAACAGAAUGGGCACAAGCCCGAGACAUUCUGAUAAAAGAUCAAACCAACAUGGACUCUCUGGCCCUGAUAGAGACUUGCCUGUGUGUGUUAUGCCUGGAUGAGGCCAGUGGGACAAAGCCCACUGAUACCAACAGGGCUCUGCUCAUGCUACACGGUGGUGGGUGGGAAAAGAACGGCGCAAAUCGUUGGUAUGACAAGUCGAUGCAGUUUGUUGUAGGAAUGGACGGAAUAUGCGGAGUGGUGUGCGAGCACUCCGCGUUUGAGGGUGUGGUUUUGGUGCAAUGUUCGGAAUAUUUGACAAAACAAAUAACCAGGACCACAUUAGAGGCUGCCAAGCCAGCCAGUAAUCGAAAGCUUCCGGCCCCAAGAAGACUCUUAUGGAAAUGUAACACCCAAAUCCAGGGACUCUUAGUGGCAUCCAGAGAGCGACUCCAGAGGCUGGUGAAUAAUCUGGACAUGGACAUUUUCACAUUCAAAGGUUAUGGAAAAGAAUUCAUCAAGAAGCAAAAAAUGAGUCCGGAUGCAUUUGUACAAGUGGCCCUACAGCUUGCAUUUUUCAAGUGCAGCGGAAGGCUGGUUUCCACGUAUGAGAGCGCGUCCAUUAGACGUUUCCGGGACGGCCGGGUGGAUAACAUUCGCUCUGCCACUGUUGAAGCCUUAGCUUUUGUCAAGUCAAUGACAGACGAGAGGACCGCUUACACCGAAAGUGAAAAAAUGAAACGACUGAGGGAUGCAAUAAAUGCCCAGACAAAUUACACAAUUGCAGCUAUUACAGGAAUGGCAAUAGACAAUCACCUCCUGGGACUACUGAAAAGCGCCAAGGAGCUUAACAUGGAGCGUCCUGAGAUAUUUUGCGAUGAAACCUAUCUGGCUAGUAACCAAUUCAUCCUGUCCACUAGUCAGGUGCCGACCACGGUGGAAAUGUUCUGUUGUUAUGGUCCGGUGGUGCCCAACGGCUACGGCGCCUGCUACAACCCGCAGCCAGACCACAUCAUCUUCUGCGUGUCCAGUUUCUGGGAGAGCACGCAGACGAGCUCGGCCGUUUUUGUCAAAGCGCUGAACGAGGGCCUGCUGGAAAUCAGGGACCUGUGCGACACUUGCGGCGGCGCCGCUACGACCAAGGUUGUGGAGGGCUGCCAGGGGGUAGCAAGCCUCACAGAUCAGGGACAUAGCGCAGCUACCACUCAACCAAUCCUCCACAAACUUAGAUUUUAGCUAGGUCAAGAUGGAUCAUCAUUGUCUGUGCAACAUAGUUAAUUUCACCUCAGAAUUCGAGGCCUGAACAUUAUCAUGAGAUUAUCGUAGGUAGAUAUGAUAUUAGUUUUGUGACUGCCUGACUUGGCAGACAAACUGGUCAGCAGCCUUUAGGAAACCAAAGCCAUGUUCUCCUCUUUCAGAGUGACUCGAGUGAUUCCCGAUGUCUAGUAUUGUACACAUAUUCGCAUAAUCGUGGUUCAUAAAUAUAGUAGUGGUGGCCAUCUCUGCUCUUUUAAGGUACCAAAUGCAUGGAUCCAUUUCAAAUGUGGAAUUCAGUUCUGUGCAAAUGUGAUGCUGCUGAUACUAAAGUUGCCAAAGAGGCUGUGUGCAGAAGCCACACAUGCUAUUCUAUAAAUGUAGCUAAUAGAAUAUAAAUGACGAUCUGUGUUGGAGUCUUGAGAUGUGUAUGUAGGUGUGUUCUUGAUUAUAGCAAUAAUACUUUAAAGCAAGACAUAGUGUAAGUGGUGAAUGAGGCAAACCACUGUGCUCAUGUGUACAGGAAAUUAAGUUAUUUUUGUAGACAUACCGGUAGUUGUAAAGUAGGGUCAAUGGGCAAUACCAUAUAUAUUAGCCCAGUGAGGGUAUACUAUAUGUGCAAUUUAUCACAUUCUUAUAUUUAUUUGUCAAGGGACCAAGGUGCCAUUUUUUUGAUAGUUGUCAUUAUUAGAGUUAUAUUUACAAUUGUGGCGGGUAGUUCUGGUGGAGUUUAAUGUUUAACGUAAUGUAAGUCAAUUGUUGAACUGUCACAAAUCAUGCAGCAGUGUUGUCAUUCUAGCCAUGUCAUACACUUGUACACAUAAAAUUUGCAAUGUUUCUGUAGUACAAUGCAGAUUAUAUGUCCAAAGCUUAUAUUAUGUUCGAAAUGUAUUAUUGUUAAAUUGUGCUAUAAAAUAUAUUAUUUAAGAGUAUUCAGAAAAAAAUUAUGCCUUAAGAGAUGGUAAAUUUAUUUUACAAUAUCUUCCAGCUGUACUAAGUAAAUAUGUCUAUUGGAGUUUUACAUCGGCUGUUUUGUUCGGAAUCAUGAAAAGUAAAGAAUGUGCUGUCUGUGUUGUUCAAUAAUUGAUUGUGUAGGUAAUAAUAAUUGCAAUAUAUAAGAACAGAGCACUAUAUUGAGCCAAUGAUGAAUGUGCAGUUAUAGUUCAGAAGUAAGAGUAUUUUCUUGAAUAUUAUCUAAUUAAAAUGUGCUACAAUACAUAUGAAUAUAUAAUGUAAGAGUCAGAAGUAAAAUAAAAUCAUCUGAAAAGUAAGGAUGUUUUUUUUUUUAUAGAAUGAAUUUUUGUGUACUUGUCUGUCGUGUGCACUAUUCUAAACCUGGAAUUUCCCUAUUGAGGAACAAAUAAAGGCUUA